AACCAGGGAAAUUGACUUUGCCCAAUUCUCCAUCUUUGAUAUCUUAGUCUAGACAGCAAAUCAGAUGUAAAACCUAACCAUUCCAUCCCCCCCCUUCCAAAUUAUCUUUGAGUGAAUAAUAAGGGACAGUCUAGUUUUAAUCAGUUGUGCUUUGAAUAAAUGGAUUACAUAGCAGACUGACUUUUUCUUUUUCUUUUUUGGGAAAAGUGGAAUUCCAUGUAUGCAUGCUGCUUAGCACAGGGUCAGCUUAUCAGAUGCUUCAGGUGACAUAGUUGUGCCAUUUCACAAACUAGAGAUUUGUCACACCUCUCUUAGUUGGUAUUUUAGCCAAUGACUUCCUAUUAUACUACUCUCUUCUGUGGCAGGAUCCCGAGAUAGACAUGGAACAAUGGGUGGAGAGCAGGAAAUGCUGUAUGAGAAACAGGAUUUCAUGUCAGUGCUGAGCUGUCUGUAAGGGCCUCUAGGCAUUCCUCCAUCCUGCCUGCCUGAACCCCAGCCAAUUUUUUUUUCUGACGGAGCCCCAACCGCUCAUGUUGUACUCAGUCCAUUUCCACUUUUAAUCAGUUUCCUGUCCUGCCCAGUUUUCUUUUGUGGCCAUGCUGAGACUCUCCAGUUAGGUUUCCAAGUCAGCAUGGAAGAAGCAAUAGGAUUAUAUUCGCCUGGCAGCUACAUGUGACAAUAAACAACAAGCUAAAAUGCAUGGCUAGGCCUUUGGAUGCCAAUGUGAACUCUUGAAUGAAUGAAGUUUCUGGAAUAAAAAAAAAAUCCAAUUUCUGUGGCUACCUAAGUGGAGUUUUUCCUAAGAUACUCUGCUGAGUUCCUUCAAACCGAAGAACUAUGCAUUUAUUCUGCUUGAUCUAGUGACAAUUUCCGCUGUUUAACUGCUGGUAAAGAAUGGAGGAUUCAAGAACAACAAGCUUAAAAGAUACAUACGGCGAGUGAGAAAUAACAGAAAUAAUUCUUAAUACCUCUUCUUCUGAAAUAGUGAUGUUUCAAUUCUCCUGACAUUGAGCCGGUUCCUGAAAAUGAGAUUGGAUACAAUUGGACUUCUCAGCUUCUUCUGGCACCUGACAGGUGCAAUUCUGGAUAUCACUCUGGUGGCCAAUGUUCUGAGUCCCUCACACAACCACUUCUACCUGUCCUGUGUGACAGGCGAGCGGAACAUCAGCCUCCAGAUUGACAGAGACAAUGCCAUGAUCAAGACCACAUCCAAGUUCCAGAUAUACAGGAACAGCAGCAAGGAAGUGCAUAUGCGAGGUUUUUCCCGAGCAGGCCUCGUGGGCAUCACAUACUGCCUGGGGAAGACACAGUCAGAGCAAACUAGAGUUGUUUAUGUACACAACGAUAUUAACGCCAACCUGGUUCCAGAGAAAGUAACCCACACAAUCAGUCUUUCCCAAUCAGCCAUACUGGUUGCCAGGAUAAAGAAUGGGAAGAAAACAGAUAUCUGGUGGAAAAGGAAUGGGACUUACUAUGACACGAUGCACCAGGGUGAAUUAAAGGAGAAUAAGUCCAUUCUGGUCCUGUCAUCUGUUACCAUGGCUGAUGGUGGGAUUUACAGCGCCACAUUUAUAGAGGACAGCCCUUUGUCAAGUGCCUUUUUCAGACUGAUAGUGCGAGGUUGUGCAGCCAAGAAAUGGGGCUCAUUUUGUGACAAAGACUGUCCUGAUUGCCUGAAUGGGGGCAUCUGCCAUCACAUUGUGGGAGAAUGUAUCUGUCCUCCAGGAUUCAUGGGUACCCGCUGUGAAAGAGCAUGUAGAGAAGGCCGUUUUGGGCGAAAUUGCCAAGAGAGGUGUCCCAGUGAGCAGGGCUGCAGAGGCUUAUCCUUCUGUUUGCCUGACCCAUAUGGCUGUUCCUGUGCUGCUGGGUGGAGUGGAGUACAAUGCAACUCAGCUUGUUCGCUUGGGAAAUAUGGCCCUGACUGUACCUUAGAGUGUAAUUGCCAGAAUGGAGGCACCUGCAAUCGAUUCAGUGGCUGUAUCUGUUCAUCUGGUUGGCAUGGACAGCAUUGUGAAAAGUCAGACCGUAUACCCCAGAUCAUCCAUUUGGCAUCUCACUUGGAGUUUAACCUAGGCUCCCAGAUCAUGACUACCUGCAUAGCAACAGGCAAUCCACCUCCUGUGCGUGAUAACAUUGAACUACGCAAGCCUGAUGGAACAGUGAUAAUACCCACAAAAGCCAUCAUGGAAAAGGAUAUGACAACCUGUGAAUUUCAAGUGUCACGAGUGGUCUCUUCUGACUCUGGUCUCUGGGAAUGCCGUGUCUCUACUACUGGGGGACAGGACAGUGGCAAGUUCAAAGUUACUGUAAAAGUGCCUCCAGUGCCAUUAGGCCCUCCCAAACUUCUGGCCAAGAAGAGCCAACAGCUGGUGAUAUCCCCUGUGGGGCCUAUUGCAGGUGAUGGACCCCUCAUCUCCAUCAAAGUCCUAUAUAAACCUCAAAUCGGAAGUAGCUGGUCAUCUAUUGAAGUUGAUAACAUCCAGAACAUCACACUCAUGAACCUGCGACCUGUCACAGCCUAUAUUGUAAAGGUUCAGCUAACACGCCCUGGAGAGGGAGGAGAAGGUGCCACGGGCCCAAGUGCUAUCAUGGCAACAGAUUGCAAAGAGCCAACAGCCAAACCUGUAAUUGAGCGUUCAUUUGUUGAAGGGAGCAACAAUCUACGUGUAAACUGGAAUUUGCCCAAAACUGACAAUGUGGGGUCGGGAUUUCUUGUCCGGCUCUAUGAUGCAGCCAAAGAGCUUGUUCAUCAAGAAAAUGUUACUUCCAUGAUUGUGCAAUCAGCAUAUAUUCCGAAUCUCAAGUUCAAGGAGGACUAUAGCCUAGAAGUAAUGGUCUAUCAUUGUACCAGCUUGGGACCACCAUCUGAUCUCCACACAUUCAAGAUCAACAGUAAAGGACCCUCAUCGCCACGCUCUCUCUUGGUGAAUCCCCUCGCUGAUAACUCCAUCAGGCUAUCCUGGCUAGCUCCUGAAUACUCUAAUGGGGGCAUCAACAAAUACAUUGUAGAGGUGCAGCAGCUGGGAGGCAGCAGUGAUCCACAAUGGAUAGACACAGAAAAUGGCAGGGAUACCACAAAGAUUAUCACAGGGCUUAAUGCCAGCACAAUCUACCAGUUUCGGGUGCGAGCCAAGUCUUACGUAUUGGGCGAGUGGAGCCAGCCUGCUAGAGCUGAAAUCCUGGGCGAUGGAGCCCUGAGCCAAGUGCCUACCCUAGAAAGUAAAAACUUGCCUCCAACUCUCAUGGAUCAGCAAUUGAUAUUAGCCAUUGUAGGCUCUGUCUCUGUCACCUGCCUGACCAUAUUGUUUGCUCUCCUGGCCCUUUUCCUCAUCAAGAAGAAUUGUUUUCAUCGCCGCCGGACCUUUACCUACCAGUCUGGCUCAGUAAGUGCAAUUGUCCCUGGCCCAUUCCCCUUCACUUCUCCAAUGAACUUGACUCCUUUCCAUCAGCAUCCUCUUUCUUUGGCACUCUGGUACUUUUGUCCCCAUGCUGCUGACCUGUCUGGUACACAGGGUUACCUGCAACUAUUCUCUCCCCAAAUCCUCUUGCAGGGAGAAGAAACUAUUCUGCAAUUCAACUCAGGCACCCUGACCCUGACCCGCCGGCCCAAACCACAGCCUGAGCCACUCAGCUAUCCCAUCCUGGAGUGGGAAGACAUCAAGUUUGAGGACAUGAUAGGGGAAGGGAACUUUGGACAAGUCAUCCGAGCCAUGAUCAAGAAAGAUGGCCUGAGAAUGAAUGCUGCCAUCAAGAUGCUGAAAGAAUUUGCCUCUGAGAAUGAUCACCGGGAUUUUGCUGGAGAACUUGAAGUUCUUUGCAAGCUGGGCCAUCAUCCCAAUAUCAUCAAUUUGCUGGGAGCCUGUGAGAACAAGGGUUACCUAUACAUCGCUAUUGAAUAUGCACCCUAUGGGAAUUUGCUAGACUUCCUACGCAAAAGCCGAGUGUUGGAGACAGAUCCUGCCUUUGCCAGAGAGCAUGGGACAGCCUCAACCCUCACAUCCCAGCAGCUCUUGCAGUUUGCGUCUGAUGUAGCCAAAGGCAUGCAGUAUCUGAGUGAAAAACAGUUUAUCCAUCGAGACCUGGCUGCCAGAAAUAUACUGGUUGGUGAAAACUUGACCUCCAAGAUUGCUGAUUUUGGUUUGUCCCGAGGAGAAGAAGUUUAUGUAAAGAAGACAAUGGGACGUUUACCAGUUCGUUGGAUGGCCAUUGAAUCCUUGAAUUACAGUGUAUACACAACUAAGAGUGAUGUGUGGUCUUUUGGAGUCCUUUUGUGGGAAAUUGUGAGCCUGGGAGGGACACCAUAUUGUGGCAUGACAUGUGCCGAACUUUAUGAAAAGCUGCCGCAAGGAUACCGCAUGGAGAAGCCUCUCAAUUGUGAUGAUGAAGUGUAUGAAUUAAUGCGUCAAUGCUGGCGGGACCGGCCAUAUGAACGUCCACCAUUUGCUCAGAUCUCAGUGCAGCUCAUCCGCAUGCUAGAAGCUAGGAAGGCAUAUGUGAACAUGGCAUUAUUUGAGAACUUCACUUAUGCAGGAAUUGAUGCAACGGCUGAGGAAGCAUGAGGACUUAACUUUCAACUUUGGCGAUAAAUAAGCCCAGAUGAUUGGGACUUUCUUGUGCAUUUGCCUCCUGGUGAUGUCAACAACUUACCAUACAGACUGUGCUGGGCACAGUGUACAGAUGGAUGCUGUUAGUUUAGAAGAUCCUGCAGAAAUCUUAACAUGUCAACUUUCCCUAGAGUGGAGGAGAGUACCCUUGAAUGGAUUGUUCCAAAAUGUGGAGCUUUUGAAAAUAAAACUUUAAAGGUAUUUCCUGUGUAAGAGAGAAGCCCCUCACUCCAAGGGAGAACAUUGUGUAAAGUGCUCCACCAUAUUGAAGAAAAAAGAUCUAAGAAGUUUGGGAUCCAGUCAAGGAUAUCAUGAUUACAAUGCACACCAUACAAGAAAAGAUAGGCUCACAUUACUGCAAAAUUCCUUGGACAGUAUUACUGAAAAGGUGGGGCUGUUGGCAAACAAUGCAGUUCAUUCCAGAACCCAAUUCUCCACGGAAUAACAUCUCCAUAAUGAUCCGUUUCAUCAGCCCCACGAACUAGUUCAGAUCAGGAAAGCAACUCCACAGGAAAACUAAAGUUACUUUUAUUGAGACUGACGAUAAUUAUGGAAUCUUGUGAGUCUGAUUGUAUUGUAUCUCACUGUCAGAUCUGCCAUCACACCGCUUGGGCUCUGCUUCACUUCAAUGGCAGCCUACCAUAACAGAUGGGGAGGGGGAUGACAGGAACCAGAAGUGCCAAUCAGAGACAACAGUUGAAUGAUCCAAGGACAUGGGCAUGGGAAAGGAAUAUGAAUGCCCACCAAAGAGGUGCCAAACUGUAGAACUCUUACCAAAACAACUAAUUUGAAUUUUAUUGGACACUAGCAAGAUGACCAAGGGGGAGGGUCUGGGAGAAGGGAAACUUUCCAGGUUUAUGCAGAAACUUUCAGAUCUGGCUUUUCCUACGCUGUAACUACUUGGCUUUAAUAAUAGUACAUCUUUCACUACGAAUGGAGUUCAGAUUCUUUCUUUCCUAAACACCUUUCUUUCCUAAACAAUCUGGGAGAGGUCUGACACUCAUUGUGAAUUUUGGAGGCAUCUGUCUGAGCUGCUUCCAAAUGUUUCCCCCUCACUCUUGACUUAAAAAAUGUUUCAACCCUUUUUGCCUAAGUAAUGGUUCCUGAAUAUUAGGAAUGCAUACCUUGCCAUAACUUUAUUUGCUUACUCUCUAUACCUUUUUUCUCAUUUCAGUUCUAAACCACAAACUCAUAAUAUUCCCAUACAGUUAGGGAAUUACACAGAAAUCUCCUUCAAAUUACCAGAUGUUAACCAGAUCUCAAAAUAAUAUUUUGUCUCUUCAGAAUUAUAUUAAAAAUACUUAUUAAGUUAGGACAAACUGUAACUAUCAUUACUGGAAUAAAAACUCUGUAAUUAAGAUGAA